CGCUUGUUCUCUUUCUCCUCCUCCUCUUUCUCCUCCUUUCCCUUCAUACAGUCUUUCUUCCUCUCGUACCUCCCCUGCUGCCAUUGACAUUCAGGCACACACACUCACACACACUCACACUCAUCCAUACUAUCGUAUCCCAGGACUUGUCUUCGGAGGGGGCUUGUUUCGGGAUUGAGAUCUCCAAUCAAGAGCCAGGGACGAACCUUUUCUGUAGAAAGCGUGCAACCUUGACGCUGGCAAAUUCAAUGUGUGUUGGCCCCAUCCCCUGCUAAAUCAUUGUUAUCUCUGCAUAUCAUCAUAAAAUAACCGGCCCACCCCUCACAUCCCUAAACAAAACAAUCUGCUCCACCAAACUGUUACGUUCUAUCCGGUGCCCCUUCCCUCUCUUUCGUUUUUCACCCCGCAUUUCCAAGCCAAGAUAACCAAAACCCACAUCCCAUCCAUCCAUCUCAAAACUUUCGCCCAUCCUAUCGUUGACAUUUGACAUAUCUCACAGUCUCCCUUCUAUCUCAUCACGCUAGUCCAUUGCUGCUGCUUUCCUACAAAAGGCGUCAUCCCUCAUCUCAACCAUUCUUCUCGGAACAAACAACCCUUCAACCCCCCUUUUUCUAUUUUAACUUGGUAAACCUUUAAUCACUGCGCGACAGAAAAUAUGUCAGAUCCUCCUCAAGAGGUACUAGCUCCCCAAGACUUGGCUAUCACUCUUGUGAUGGAGGAGGUGUCUUCUACACCGGAUUCUGAUCCGGUUAAGGAGACCCAUCGGGAGGAGCAAAAGGAGAUGGUCAAGAAACCCACCGUGACGGGAACGGCUAGGCGUCCUGCCGGAACUGGAUCAAGCUCUGCUGCUCCAGUCUCUGGCCUCCCACCUCGGAGAACUGGAACCACCAGCUUAUCAAAACCCCCACAGAGAUCUGCUGGAGCUAAUGGGGCCACCGGCACUCCUAGCAAUACGGGAACACGUAGAACCGUUUCUGGAUCGACUAGCAGUACUAACCCUCCAGCUGCUGGCUCGAGGACGGCCAUAGCAUCCGGUGUUUCUAGGAGAACCCCGGCAAUCGCUUCUCCAGCUGCAAAUACUACUCGCUCGCCCGAGAAGAAGGAAUGGCAUCCACUUUGAGCAUUCAACUAGUCCCACCGCUGAUCGCCGAUCCUCUGCUGGAAGCACCGCAGGUGCCGUUGGCAAUGUGAGAAGAACCACCACUUCUACGACCACACCUACAGCAUCCACACACCGGUCACGUCCUUCGAUAUCUGCGUCAUCUAAUACCUCAACUGCUGGGCGCCCUUCGGCUGCUUCCACAACCCGGGACAACGCUAUGUCACCUAGACCGCCGUCUGCCACCGGACGACCUAUCUCUGCGACUGCGAGAGGAGCCACUGGAAUCUCCAACCUCCCCCCCCGGCCCAGCACUUCGACUUUACGUGCGAGAACCGCGGGACCCAAUGGACCUGCUAGUGCAUCGAGCACUACUUCGAAAGAGUUGGAAGCGUUGAAAGUCAAGGUGUCUGAUUUAGAGGAAAAGAACAAAGAGCUUUUAGAGCAGCUUUCCAGGGCAAGCGGUCACCCUACCACCAAUGGAGAUGCUAAGAUAGCUACUGGAGAGCUGGAGUCCGAACUGGCAAUUCUCAAAGAAAGGAUCACUGCCAUUCAAGAAAAGAACGAGAAGCUACAGGCCCAAUGUAAGGAUGCUGAGGCGGAGUGUGCAAAUUUUGCGGCUCUGGUUGAGGGAUCUGCGGCAACGAUGAAGGAUGCGAACGAUAAGCUGAUCGCUAGGCAUGCAGAAGAGCUCAAGGCUCUUGAAGGUGGCUUUGAUGAAAAAGAAAAGGGCCUUCUCGCACAGAUUAAUACUCUGAAGACUUCUCUUGAAUCUCUAGAAACACGCCAUGCUGAGGAGGUAUCCAAUAGCACUUCCUUGGCUAAAAAGGCUGCGGCGGAAACUGAUGAUCUUCAAAAGGCCAUUGAAGCUCAAGAGGCGGCGCAUAACAAGGCGGUUGAAGCUCUCAAUGCUGCUCUUGCAGCUGAGAAGGAAGCCAACAGCCAGAGUUCAAUUGAUGCGGAAGGCCUUGUUGGGAGGCUUAGCGAAGAGAUCGCCGCGUUAAAGAAACAGAUUGAGGACGUACAUGAAGUUUCUAAGCGUGUCACCGAAAAGAAUAUGGAGGCGCUUGAGUCUCGCCAGAAGGAAAUUGAUGGGCUUGGUAAUGUUGUCAAGCUUCUACAAGACGAGCUGGAAAAGGUGGCAUUUGAAAACAAGGCUAAGGGACUAAAGGAUAUUCAAGAACUCCAAGAGAAACAUGCAGCGGAAUUAGCAGAGGCAGUUGAUGCUGAGAAGGCAGCGGCCGAGGAAUCCAAGGCCAAACUCGAGAAGCUUACUCAGGAGCACCGAGAGCAGUUGGAGAAGAGUUCCGAGGCUUUAUCUACCCAGCUUCAAGAAGCUAAAUCUUCGGCUAAGGUAUUGGAGGAGGACUUGCUAGUGAAGAUUGAGGCCACUAAGUUGGAGGGUGCUGAAGCUCUGGAGGCUGCUCAGAAAAAGGCGGCUGUGGAAGUUGGAGCUGUCAAACGGGAGAGUGAAGCUCAGCAGAAGCAGUUUGAAUUAGCUAUUGAAGCCCUUAAAAAAGAAGCUUCUGGCAGCGUUGAGAGCAAGGACAAAGAAUGGGAAAGCAAGAUCGACCAGUUGACAAAGUCAAGCCAGGAACAAGUCAGCAAUUUGACAGCUCAGUUGGAUGCUACAAGAGAGGAGACUCGGGAAAUAUUACGGAAAUUGGAACAGGUUACGCAGCAUUCUGAAAGCGAGAUCAAGUCGGUACAAGAGCAAGGGAAGGAAGAAGUCACCGCCCUACGGAGCGCUUUGGAGACCUUGAAUAAGCAACUGACGGACAAGGAAGAUCAGCUGGCGAAAUUCAAAGUGGAUCUCGAAAAGGCAGUUAAGGAUAUGGCCGAUAGCGCUGAGGCGGCUUCUAAACUUGAGGAAUCCCAUAAGAUUGCCCUUGACUUCCAGCACGCCGAACAUGUUACCGAAAUGGAGAAAAUGAAGGCCGAACUAGCUUCCAGCAACGAGGGAAAGUACACUCUGCUUUCUGAAAAGUACGAAGCACUUGUUACCGAACUAGGUUCAACCAAGGAGGCCCAUGCCGCCGAGAUAUUUCGUAUGGCUGGGGAACUUAAGAAAGCAGAAGGCAUGUCAGAGUUAUUGCAGAGUCACAGUUCUACCAUCUCUUCGCUUGAGGGCCAACUUGCAACUGAGAAAGCCUCCCGAGUGAUGUUACAAGCUACCCUGGAUGCGGCCCCUGACAAAUCUGCUUUCGACACCCUUUCAGAGCAACUUGAGAUGACGAAGGCAGAACUUGACAAGGUUACGGUAUCCAAGGAUGCCGAGAUCAAGAAGUUGCAGGAAUCGUUGCAGGGAGCAGAGGAGUCUAAAUUUGGGCUCGAGUCCGAGGUUGCAAAGGAGAAGACUUCAAAUCAGGAGCUUCUCGAGAAGAUUUCAGCCCUCGAAAUGGAGGUCUCAGGGGCCAAGAAGGAGGUGGUCGAAAAAAUUGCCGCCGUUGAGAAAUCAACAGCCGAAGAAGUCAGGGAUCUCCGUGCGUCGAUGGAAGCUGAUUAUAAGUCGAUGGAGCUGAUUUACCAGACGGAGGUCGAUGAGCUGAAGCAUGAAACUAAGGGCCUGAAGGACAGGCUUGGGGCUGGCGAGUCCGGGAUGCAAGGCAAGGAUGGAGUCAUUGAAAAACUUGAAUCCGAAAAGAAGGAAGCUGAGGCUACUUUGGCUACUCUUGAGAAGGAGAAGGAAGUUUUGGAGAAGGAAAAGAAGGCCCUGGAGGAAGAGAAAGCGGCCCUAGAGGGUGGGAAUGGGUCCCUUAGCAGGGAGAUGGAAAUUCUUAAGGAGGAGAAGGAAGCCUCUAUGGCUUCUGUCACCGCUGAGCUGGAAUCUUUGAAAGGGGAGCUCAAUAUCCUGAUGGAGGAGAAGAAGAUUGCUCUUCAGGCUGUGGAGGCAAAAGAAACUGACCUCGAGAAAACUAACCAAUUGGUCUCCUCGUUGGAAGCUGAUAGCACAGAAAAAUCUAAUAGUUUAGAAACGAUUACCAAAGAGAAAUCUGACCUCGAAGCCGAGGUGAAGCAACUCAAGGCACAGGCCAAGGGGUUUGAGGAGCUUGUCAAACUUAAGGAAUCUGCGAUUGAAACGGCCGCCAAGGACUCGGAGGGAAUAGAAUCGAGUUUGAAAGAGCAAUUGGGCGCUGCUGAAGCCCUCGUUAAAGAGAAGGAAGCAGCACUCACAAAUUCCCAGAGGGAAUCGGCAGCCAAAAUGAAAGUACUCGAGGCAGAGCUUGCUGAACUGAAGCUACGAAUCAAACACCAGGAAUUGUCAGCCACCCAAUCUCCUUCUACUAAUGUAGCCGCACUCAAGGCGCAACUUGGCCAGCUGCAAGCCGAUAACGAGGAAAUUACACGGGAGAAUACUAGGAUGUUGAAAAUGAUUGAUAGCCUGCCACUCGGGUCGACUCCUGAUCAGGGUUGACCUGGCUUGCCUUCCUCCAUCCUUUCGUAUUCCUGCCCUGUGCCUCGGGCAUGAAGGGAGACACGAUAGCUCUGAAAAAUUUCCUGCCCUCGGUUCUUCUCUUCUUCCUUUUCUCCUUAGGGAGCGAUGCAUCGGAUUUAACUUUUUCCUUUAUUACUUUUUUUGUAGUGUUUACUUACAUUUCUCAACCAAACUAGCAAGCCGGCUGGAUGGUGGAUGGAUGAAUGGAUUGAUGUACUGCCUAUGGGGAGGUUUAUUAUUCUUAGGGGUUUAAUUGGCUUUUAUACCAUACCAUUUUUCAAUUUUUCCUCUAGGUUGGGGGAAUUGUGUAAUUAUGAUGCCAAGGCGAAGCGGGGGGGGAUGCUUUCCUUUUUUCUUCCGCGUUGUACUCCCUAAGUGGUCUAGUCAUUCAUGAAGUAGUAGUUCCAGUCAUAUUGUGAUAAUGAAGUUGUUCUUUUUUUCCAUUGUUUAUUCCAUCAAGUGAUUAUAGCAUAAACUUAAUUUUGUUGAUCGAUUUUUAAUAGAUGAAAUGGUGGUGGGAAUAAUAGGUGCGAAAUUUCUUGUCAUACAUCCGCCUGGUUAGCUCAGUGGUAGAGCGUGUGGCUUUUACGGCGAGUAAAAUUCUGUGAAGAACACCUCAAUGUCGCGGGUUCGACCCCCGCAUCAGGCUGGCUUUUUUU